AUGUCUGAGUCGUGUGGAUCCAAUGAUUUCUCCCAUGCAGACGGGGAAGUUUCUAGUACGAAACGGACACAUAAAGAACUUUAUGCAUACGGGGAAGUUUCUAGUACGAAACGGGCACAUAAAGAACUUUAUUUAGAAGAAGCUGAGUCAACAGAGAAGAUGACCUCUACAGCAGAACAACAAAGUCGUUCUAAGACAAGAAGAGUCAUUCGCAAUGAUAACACAGAAAUCAUUCUCCAAACAGCUCCUGAAUUCUCUAAGACCUACAAAAGAAUGGCUAUGACCCAAGUAAUUAACGAAUAUGAAUCCAUGACGAUUGCCAAAGAGAUAGAGAGAAAGCAUUUAAUAACCAUCCCUCAUAAAGAGAAUUUCUUGUCCAAACUAAUUCUGACCAAUUAUUCAAUCAUGUUUUGUAUGUUGAAAGCUUUUGUAGAGAAUUCAAUUGAAAAUUUAUCAGUAGAUCCAUCGAAUGCUAGCGUUAGCCCAGCCAUCCACAUUGCAAGAGCUCUGGGUGUUCUUUCCAUUGAAGCUUCACUGGCCACCUCCCUGGCUUGCUCACUGAGGUGGUCUACUAGCUGCCUGACUUCUGCGGAAGAACUUGCCGGUUCCCCGAUUUGCGUUGCCUCCGCCAGCUGCUGUAACUCAGGGAUGCUUGGGGGUCUCUGUGCUAGACAGUCCCACCAUAUCGCGCACCCAAGAUAUAGCGCCGGUAAGAUUAAGCUGAGAACUUCCGUGACGUGCUGCCCUUGCCCCGACCCCGCCUGUGAGUGCUCUGUUGCCCCAGGUGUACCUGUAGCUCUCUGGUCUUGA